AUGGCUACUCGGGUCCUUUGCCCAUUUUAUAAUCAGAUUAUUUGUUUUACUGCUGAUAAUGCCACAUCACAAGCUUUGGUUUUAUUUGGUGCCCCUAAGGAAGCUGUUGAGAUUAUUCAUGAAAAUAAAAUGACAAAUACUGAAGGGGUGAAUGCAGGCAUUUACUUUAGCCACCCAUGCCGACGUAAAAGCUGUGCUUUAGUAAACAUCCCAGCACCAUGUGUCAACAAAGUGAUUUCACACAUUGAAGAUGUGGAGUCUAAAAUACAGAAGCAUCUGAAACAGUUUGAAACGUCUUUGGAAGAAUGGAGCAGAACUUCUUUCACAAAAGAGCUGAAAGAUCUGAGUGUUGCUACACCAGUGAAAGAGGUCAUACCAGAAGAAUUGAGAGAUGAAAAGUGUCCAGAAUUAAAGCAGGAAAUGGAAAGAUUGCUAUCAGAGGCCAUCCAACUCAUUAAAAGUCUAGAAACUGAUCGUGCAGAAGCUGAAGAAGCUUUAAAACAACAAAAAUCAAGAAAGAAAAGGAUUAGCAUGCAAAUUGAUUCUUGGUCAAUCUGGAAACGUCAAGAAAUCCCGUUAGCUGUACAGAAAGAACACGAGGCCUAUUUGAAAGAUAUUGUAGAACUACGAUGGCACCUUGAAGAUAAAACUCAUCGACUAAAACGUUUGGAGGAGGAAAAGGAGAAAUUAGAAGAAGCUAAUGCAAAGCUUCAAGCAGACAUAGACAACGUGAUUAAACAUCGCCCUCUACUGCUUGCAAAGCGAGACCAGGAGCUUAUAGCUCUGAAGGAACAUUAUCAGAAAAAAAUUGAGGUAAUGGAACUAUACAAACAGGUUCAUGGAGAACAUGAAGAAGCUGUAGAAAAUCUUGAAAAAGUCAAAUUCAAAGCUAAACAAAGUAAAAUAGACAUGGAAAAUGAUAUUCGUGAUGAUGAAAUAACCAUAGAAGCCUACAAGAAAGAGAUAGAUAAACUUAACAGUCUGUUUAAUUUCCACUGUACAUCAAUACAAGAAGUUAAUAUUAAUAUUGAGAAUGAAGAGGCAAUGAUUAAAUUAUUGAAGGAAACAAGGUCAUCAAGAAAGGAAUUAGCUGCUUUAUCAAAAACGCUAGAAGAUUUGAAAAGAGUUUAUGAUCAACUAGUCUGGAAGAAAAAAAAUUAUGAAAAUGAAUAUUUGGAAACACUUAAUAAUUUUUAUGCCACAAAAAGAACAUGGGAUAUUGAACUUUCUAAUAUCGCAAAAGAUUCUUCAGAUGUCUCAAAAGCAUAUUCUCAAUUGAUGGAAGAAAAUAGAAGACUUGAGAUCGAUAUUGAAACUAUACUAGGUUAUAUCAGUGACAGUAUAAGGAAAAAAUCAGAGCUCAAGUCUGAAAUCCAAUCUUUGUUGCAACUGAGGUCAAAAAAUGAAGAUUUUCUUAAACAGCUAUACAAGGAAGCUUAUAACAUUGGUGCCGUUUUCCACCUAACCAGAUUUAAAACAGAGGAAUUAGAACAGAAAACAGCAGAAGUGAGAAGAAGAUUCAAGGGCAGAGAAGAAUUCUUGAAAAAACUCACUCGAAGUGAAGUGGCUAAUGGAAUGAUGAUUCAGAAAAGACUCUUUUCCCUUCAAGAAGAGCAGGCACUUGAGAAGCAGGAUCUUAUGAGAAAGAAAGCAAUAUAUGCCUUAGCACUGGCAAAAACGAAGAUACCACUGCUUAAACUAGAAGAAGAAGCUGUAAAACUCAGAACUUGCCACGAAGAACAUUCUGAUUUACUAGGUGAAAUAAUUGAGAGGAAAGAAUAUGUUAAAAGAAAUGUAGAGAAAACAAAGAAAAAAUUACGAAGAAAGGGGAAGAAAACCCGGGAUGCAUUAAUGAAAACUGAGGAUAAAUGCUCAAUAACUUUCAAAGAAAUAGAGACCACUAAAAGUAAAACAAGUAUUUAUCAUGCAAAAAUAAAUCAAUUGAAUAAAGACUUAGAAGAAAAACAAAAGGAAAAGAAUGUUUUUGACCACACACUUGACUGUUUAAAGGACCAGUUUAUAGCCAUGAGAGAGAAAAAGGAACAUGCACAAGCUGUGUUUGAUCAUCUCAUAAAUGAGAAAGAAGCCUGUGAAGAGAGAAUCUAUGAGGAAGAACAGAGAUACAGAGCACUCUUUACCAUGAGGCAAAGAAAUCUAUCAAAUGUUAAGAAAAUACAAGAUGUUUCACUAGAAGAAAAUCUACAUUUAGCUCAAGAGUAUCAGAAAUUACAGAAUAUAUUCUUAACAGUAAAGGACAACUAUUUCAACCUAUAUGAAAAACAGCUAUCACUUGAUGGUUUGAUUCGAGAUAAGAAACAGUUCUGUCAGCUGCAAAGAAGGAUACACAAGUUGUGGCAGAAGCACUUCGAGCUGGUGGUCCUCUACAGCCGUAUGAGGCUGGCCAAGUUCCAGACAGACUCUCAAGAGAGUAUUCAAAACAUAUUAGCUGUGCAGGAAAAAUCUUCAAAUUUAAUGCAACACAUCGUAGAUUUCUUCCAGACUUUGACAGAUGGCCGAUGUGAAAACGAUGGUUAA